AUGGACGGCCAUCCACUUGCUUCCAUACCACCUCUCACGCUCCACGACGGCGUCAACCGCGACGACGUCGAUGCCGGUGACAUUGUCGCCAACUGGCUCGCUGCUCUGGAGAAGCGUCCCAAGAACGGUCUGUCGACUGACCUCUCGGACCUCUUUAUUGAUGACUCCUGGUGGCGGGACUUUACGGGCCUCUCAUGGGACAUCGCGACCAAGAACGGUCUCAAAGAUGUGGCAGAGUACCUCACCAGCUCGACCACUGGAUUCGGACAGCUGACCGCCAUCAAAACCGGUGGUCUCCAGGCGAGCUUGGUAGACAUGGCGGGAUUCAUCUGGGUCCAGGGUGGAUUUACUUUCCGGACUCGUGAUGGCUCGGGCACCGGUCUUGUCCGACUGAUUAACGUGGACAAGUUUCACUGGAAAGCGUGGACAGUGUUCACCCAGCUGGAGAGACUCAAUAGCCAAGACGAGCUGGACAAGCAGAGACUACAACAGUCGUACACACAGACCAGACUCGCCAAUGGUGUCAACGGGGAAAAGAAGGAUGACCUCAAGGUCUUGAUCGUCGGUGCCGGACAAUCAGGUCUCAUGCUCGCCGCACAUCUCAAGAACAUGGGCGUCAAGGCGUUGCUAGUUGACAAGACCUCCCGACUCGGUGACUCGUGGCGUGCCAGGUACGAAACGGUCAGGACGCACACACCGAUCUAUACCGACCACUAUCCCUUCCUCAAGUUCCCGACCAACUGGCCGCGAUGGCUCGAGCAGGACAAGAUCGCCAACUGGAUGGAACACUAUGGACAAGUGAUGGGACUGGACUAUCUGCUCAGCACGACCGUGAACAAGAUCGACUACGACGAGAGGGCGCGUCGAUACACCGUUGAGGCAGAGAAUGACGACGGCAAGCAGAUCUUCCAUCCUACGCAUCUUGUUCUGGCGACCGGCGUGUUCGACCGGCACCCAAUCGAACCUGAAAUUCCCGGCAGAGACUCGUUCACGGGCGAGGCGUAUCACUCGAUGCACCACAAAGCCGCACGCCUCCUCCCUGACCUCCCCAACAAACGGGUCACCAUCAUCGGCGCCGGCACGAGCGCCCACGACAUUGCACAGGACUUUGUCAACUCGGGGGCGAAAGAGGUAUCGAUCGUCCAACGCAAUGCCAUCUUCUCGAUUUCGGCCACCGCGCUGGAAGAUGCCUACCUAUCCUUCUGGAACACGCCCGGCAUCUCUACCGAAGAGGCAGACAUCAUAGCCAACUCGUUCCCUAUCGCAGUGGCCCGGACACUGAACAUCGGACAAACGCACAUGAUGGAGGAGCACGACAAAGAGAUGAUUAGUGCCCUCGAGGAGGCAGGUCUGAGGCUGAAGCGGGCCAAGACAGCGGGAUAUGGCUUUAUCGAUCACCUCUUUGUCAAGACCGGUCACUUCUACAUCGACCAGGGAGCCAGUCAGAUGAUUGCGGAUGGGAGAAUCAAGGUGCACCAAUGCGGUGACGGUGUCCAGGAAUUCGUCCCCGAUGGGAUUGUCUUGGCCGAUGGAAAGAAGGUGCAGGCCGACCUCGUUGUGCUGGCGACUGGGUACCAGAGAAACAUCCUGACCGUCAAGGAGCUGAUGGGCAAGAAGGUCGCCGAGAAGGUUGGUGACUUGGGGUUCCUCGACAACGAGCAGGAGCGGAUCGGAUGGUGGAGACCCACCGGCUUCCCGGGCUUCUGGUACAUGAGCGGCAGCUUCAUUUGGGGGCGGCAGUUCUCGCCCGUCCUCGCCCUGCAGAUCAGUGCCAUCGAACAGGGUCUGAACCCGGGAUAUUGGGAGGAAACAAAGCGGAACAACAAGGGGAUAGGCACCGUCGAGCACAGGGUGUAG